AUGUUGUUAUGUAUUGUCGUCAUCAUAGUUCUCUUUACUAUUGUUGCCCUCAUUCUUGUUAUUGAAACUAUCACCAUCUCCAUCGCACUACUAUUAUAUCACCAUCGUUGUUGUCACCACCACCACCGUCUUUGUCAUUUCCACCAUCACCACCACUAUCACCAUCACCAUCGUCACAACUACUGCUACCACCACCACCACUAUUGUCAUUGUCGCUACCACCACUAUUAUCAUCACAUCACUACUUCCACCAAUACCAACCCCAUUGUCAUCAAAGCCGCCACUGUCACAUUCAUCGUCAUCACCAUUGUUGCCACUAUUAUUGACAAUGGUGGCAGUAAUCGUGGCGAUAAUGAUAAUGAUAAGGAUGACGGUAACAAUGACAACAAUAGUGGUGGUAGUAGUAGUAAUGUGGUAGAGGGGAAAGCGAAGACUCUAAACGCUUUUCCAAGGACCAGGAACACUAAGAUGACUCGUAGAGAGGCUAUGCUGAAGAUAGCCUCUAUAGGCAGAAUGAACAGUACAAGAACCAGAAAGGUUCCAGUUCCAGAUGCAAUUAUCUUUGCAAUAUGGAUUGAGGAUAGGAAUGUUGAGAAUAUGGUUGCUAGUGUCAGGAUCGAAUAG